GGGCCGGAAGGAGAGACAGAGCGCCGCCAUGACAGGUUGGGCCUAAAGGGAACAGAAUGGGCCACUUGCCGGCUCUGCGACCGGAAAAAACGAGGCAAGGACAGCCGAGUUGGGCGCCGCCAUGACAACCUGACCGGAAAAGGCGGAGCUCUCCUCCCGGACUGAUUUCCUACCCGCACCGGCCUGGAGAUGCAGGCGGCCCUGGAGGUCACGGCUCGCUACUGUGGCCGGGAGCUGGAGCAAUAUGGCCAGUGUGUGGCGGCCAAGCCUGAGUCAUGGCAGCGGGACUGUUACCACCUUAAGAUGAGUAUUGCUCAAUGCACAUCCUCCCACCCAAUCAUCCGUCAGAUCCGCCAGGCCUGUGCUGAACCUUUUGAGGCCUUUGAGGAGUGCCUUCGACAGAAUGAGGCAGCUGUGGGCAACUGUGCAGAGCACAUGCGCCGCUUCCUGCAGUGUGCUGAGCAGGUACAGCCACCGCGCUCACCCUCAUCCGUGGAGGUGAAGCCGCCACAAUCACCCUCAACUGUGGAGGAAUAAUUCUCCAAACUGCCCGCAUUCUUGAGGAUGCCCUUCUCUUCUCUUAGGUGGUGGUAAAACUGAAAAUCCUUUCUUCCAUGGUCCAUGACUUUGUCAAGAGGGUAGUGAGCUUGAUGGCGUCACAUCAGACUGACCCCAGGAAUCAGAUGUUGGCUUGCUGAGCUGAAAGUCAAAGCAAAUUUUAUGUAGUUAAAUAAAAGAGAGCAAGUAAAA